AUGAGCCCUACCCAACAACCAAGGAGAAGCAACAGGGCGCGGAAGCCAACUGCGAAGGGGCGCGACUAUUCAGAUUCCCUUGCUCAAAAACAAGCCCGUUCUCAAAGUCAAGCGGCCGCUGUGGGCAACGUUCCUCCAACUAAUACUAUUAAUGGCUCUAGCUCUGGACAGGGCAAUGCUGAUGGAGGCCCUCGGAGAUCCAAAAGAAUUCAAGCGCACAUCCAUGGCAACUCUCCGGGUGGUAAUACAGGGAGACCCAACAAGAAGCGCCGACUCUCUGAAUCUGGUUCUACAGUUGAGGGAUUCAUGAUCAAAUUGUACGCCGAAAUCCACCAUGCUGCUACGGUCAGGACGAUUGGACAAUGGGACCGCUAUUGGACACAGGACCUGCUUCGACGAGCCCGAACCGUACGCUUCUUUGAUCUCGCUACGGGAAGUGCUCGUCACCAUUUGAGGGCAAGGCUGGAUAAGUUUGAAAGCGACAGUCCCAAGGAGAAGAGGGUUGCAAAGCUCGCAAAAGACGACGUUGGUAUCAGCUAUGCUCAGAGAUUGACAGAGUUUUGUGACAAUCCGAACCUUCUCUUCCUGACCAUUUGUGCACAUUCGAAAAGCUUUCGCGAGGCGAUUCUUCGCAGCGACGCAGAGAGCAGAGCAUUAGGCGAACCCGAAUGGAGCCUCAUCUACUCCAGAAUCAAAGAGUGCGCGUCAAGCCUCGAGCUCUUCGCCAGAACGCACAAGUUCGAUUGGACAGAUGCCCUUUUUUUCUUCAAUGGCCACUUUGAAGAUCUUCUUAUAAUUGUAUAUAAGCAUUGUCAAGACGCCCGUGACAAGGACGGUGUUAGUUUUGGAAUCGGCGACGAUGACCUCAGCGAAACCCACCCUAUCGGCGCCGAGGACAAGCACAAAGUCCAUCAUCACUGGGCUCUGCCCGUUGAAGAUGGGGAGCCAGCUGUCUGGCCAUCAGUCAAAUGCACCAUCACACAGGACCUCGUUAAUGCCGGAUUUGUGCACGGGGAGGUUGCGGUUGCAGGCAUCCCGGCUGAAGGAAAUAACCUUGAAGUCGACGCGGCGGCGAUCCUUCCGUUGAAGUCGAAACAAGUGCUCCAACAAUUCAACAUUGAUCAAGUCAUCGUCCUCCCUAACUACGACUGGCCGGCGGAGGUGCAUCAGGUCACUUAUCCAGACGGGAGCGUCUACGAAGACCCAACCUUCUGCGGCUUCCCAAAGAAUCCUUGUGGAGUAUGUGGAGCUGAGACACAGAACGCGCAGCAGCAGCAGCAGUCUCCCCAGGCAGAGCCAGCAUGCCAAUGCACGUUCGCCGAUCUCUGCAAGUGGCACAACAAACCCCCGCAGGACAACCAUGGCGACAUCCUUGUCGAACUGUAUACCACCGCUGAAAAGGGUCGAGGAGUCCGCGCGCUCCAACCAAUCCGCAAGGGCACCUACCUGGGCGAGUACACGGGCGAGAUCUACGCGGCUCAGCCGGACGCUAACAACAGCGUAGGCACACUGGCCAACCCCCGGUACGGGCUCAUGACAUACCACAUGGUGCUGGACGUCGCGCGGGCGGACGACUACACCACGGCGAAGGCCCAGGCAGGUUACAGGCCGCAGUACGUCGUCGACGCCGCGCACCGGGGCGGGUGGACGCGGUAUAUCAACCACUCGUGCGCGCCCAACACGCGGUUCUAUGUGAUGAAUGUCGGACAACGCACCCGCAUCAUCAUCAAGGCGGUGCGCAAAAUCGCCUUUGGGGAGGAGAUCACGAUCAGCUACGGCAAAAAUUACUUUGAGCAACUGCGCAUAGCGUGCAGGUGCGGCGCCCCCAAAUGCAAGUAUAAGAACGUCGGUGCCUCUAACAGCUCGAGUGACAGCUCUGAUGACAGUGGGAGCGACAGCGGGAGUGCGAGUGUAUGA